AUGGCGGUGGGGGAUAGAAACCCCACAAUAUUUACAACAUUAAAAAAGUGCCUGACACAUGGAAGUGUGCAGUACAGUUUGUCAAACAGGAAACCUCGACCUGUCUCCCAGUUGGUUGCACAGCAGGUUACUCAGCAGUUUGUGCCCCCUACACAGUCAAAGAAAGAGAAAAAAGAUAAAGUAGAAAAAGAAAAAAGUGAAAAAGAAACAACUAGCAAAAAGAACAGUCAUAAGAAAACCAGGCCAAGAUUGAAAAAUGUGGAUCGGAGUAGUGCUCAGCAUUUGGAAGUUACCGUUGGAGAUCUGACAGUCAUUAUUACAGACUUUAAGGAGAAAACAAAGUCACCACCUGCAUCUAGUGCUGCUUCUGCAGAUCAACACAGUCAGAGCGGCUCUAGCUCUGAUAACACAGAGAGGGGAAUGUCCAGGUCAUCUUCACCAAGAGGAGAAGCCUCAUCACUGAAUGGAGAAUCUCAUUAAAGUUUAUUUCUCCAGUUUCUUAGUCACUUCUGUCCUACCAUGCAGAUACACAGAUGAUGCCAAGAAAUACCACAUUUUCAUGACAAACACACUCAUGCACUAUCCAUAAUUUGAGUUUUACAUAAAAUAGAAAUUUGUUAGUGUUUGUUAGAUUUUAUUGCAAUCUAUGCCUACCAAACAUUGCCAGACUUGACAUUUUGGUCUCUGCAACUAAGUGCCAUGAAAAUGUGGUUGAAUUAUUCAUUAUGCAGUGUUAUUGGUAAGUCUAUUUUCACUUUUAGUUUAGUGAAUUCUAACACAUAAUUCUUGAAUACUAUUGGCAUGUAACGAACUUAAAUUUUUUAUAACAUAGUGCAAGCUGCCUAAAUAUGUAUUAUUUGAGAAUUGUGAAACAAAUAGUUAUAUGUAUACAAGUCAAAGAUCAACUUAAUCAACUAUUGCUGCAACAGGAUUUUCUUAAUGGUUAUCCUCUUAAAUACACCUGCUGGUACUUGGUGUGGUUAAAUAGGAAAAUUGUUAUUAAAUAAAGAAUUUGUAUGAACCUUUGCCAAUGUUUUUGACACGUUUUACUAAAUUAUUGUUCUGAAUUAUGUUUCUGGUUUAGCCAUUUUCAGGUUUUGUUUGUUUGCUUAUUUUUCAGAACAUUCAUUUAUUGUAAUGUUUACUAGCAGAGUAGUAAACAAUAAAACAUUGAUUAUUUAGCUUUAUAAUUCAGGUUUAGUGCUGUUGUCAUUGAACACUGGUAUUUUCUGUAUUAUAUAAAACAAAGUUCAAGUAAUUAUAAGCAUUUGGCAAAAAAGCAAAAGAGAAACUUGCCAUGUUUGAAAAGCUGCAAUUUUAGAAAGCUUUAACUUAAUGAUAGUUAUAUCACUGUUUCCUUAUACCAAACUUACCCAGGGUCAUAGAAGUAUGAAUCUAAUUAGUACAGAAAUGGGAACUGUUACACAGAACUGGGAAUAACUAAUCUUAAAUCCGUUUAAUUGGCCUCUUAUUAAAUAUAACAAUUAUUAUGAAAAUCAUAUUACCCUAUUUUCAGACACAACUGCCAGCUUAUACAUUUAUCAAUAUCCUGAAAGAAAAAAGUAUUUACCGCCCCAUUCACUAUUAUGUAAAAUUACCAAUAAAAUAUUUUUAUGACUACAGAUUUUGCAUUUUUGUUUACAACUAAUAAAGUGUUUUAUGUUGUAUUUAAAUUUUAAAAUUUGAACCUAGAAACCACACAGUACUACUUAAAUUCUCCUAGGGUCUCUUGCUUUCUCUUAAUAUUUUCUUCUUACAUAUCCACCUAUAGGAGAUUUCUGAAAUGUAAAUGAACUUAAAAACAUAACUUGGAUACAAAAUAUUACAUGAAAGACAUCAUGAUAACAUUUGAAGAAAAAAUAAAACUGUAGACCCUAACAGUUGUGAUAUUUGGUGGUUUUGUGUGGUAAUGUAAUUUUCUGUUUAUUUGCAGUACUUCUUACAGGCACAAUGGUACUGUCUUUUUUGUAAGAUGCUAGUUGUGAAAUAGUUAAUUGCAUACAGUAAAAGUCUGUGAUUAAAACAUUUAUAUACCUCAUUCUUUAGUGUUGUUAAAUGAAAAAUUAAAAUUUGUUUAUUAUAA